AUGUCCUUUGAGGGAUCCAGGCUCAGCAUGAGAAACAGGAGGAACGGCAUGCUGGACAGCACCCGUACCCUGUACUCCAGCGCGUCGCGGAGCACAGACGUGUCCUAUAGUGAAAGUGACCUGGUGAACUUCAUUCAAGCAAAUUUUAAGAAACGAGAAUGUGUCUUCUUUACCAAAGAUUCCAAGGCCACGGAAAACGUGUGCAAGUGUGGCUAUGCCCAGAGCCAGCACAUUGAAGGCACGCAGAUCAACCAAAACGAGAAAUGGAAUUACAAGAAACACACCAAGGAAUUUCCAACAGAUGCCUUUGGAGAUAUUCAGUUUGAGACUCUGGGGAGGAAAGGGAAGUACAUCCGAUUGUCCUGCGACACCGACGCGGAAACCCUCUACGAGCUGCUGACCCAGCACUGGCACCUGAAAACGCCCAACCUUGUCAUUUCCGUGACCGGCGGCGCCAAAAACUUCGCCCUGAAGCCGCGCAUGCGCAAGAUCUUCAGCCGCCUGAUCUACAUCGCGCAAUCGAAAGGCGCUUGGAUCCUCACUGGAGGCACCCACUAUGGCCUGAUGAAGUACAUCGGGGAGGUGGUGAGAGACAACACCAUCAGCAGGAGCUCGGAGGAGAACAUCGUGGCCAUUGGCAUAGCGGCUUGGGGCAUGGUCUCCAACAGGGACACCCUCAUCAGGAAUUGCGAUGCUGAGGAGUAUUUUUCAGCUCAGUACAUUAUGGAUGACUUCAAGAGAGACCCGCUCUACAUCCUGGACAACAAUCAUACGCACUUGCUGCUGGUCGACAACGGCUGCCACGGACACCCCACGGUGGAAGCGAAGCUCCGGGAUCAGCUGGAGAAGUACAUCUCCGAGCGCACUAUUCAAGAUUCCAACUAUGGUGGCAAGAUCCCCAUUGUGUGUUUUGCCCAAGGAGGUGGAAAAGAGACUUUGAAAGCCAUCAACACCUCCAUCAAAAGUAAAAUUCCCUGCGUGGUGGUGGAAGGCUCGGGGCAGAUUGCCGACGUGAUCGCGAGCCUGCUGGAGGUGGAGGAUGCCCUCACAUCUUCCAUCGUCAAGGAGAAGCUGGUGCGCUUCUUACCCCGCACCGUGUCCCGGCUGCCGGAGGAGGAAACCGAGAGCUGGAUCAAAUGGCUCAAAGAAAUUCUCGAAAGUUCUCACCUAUUAACAGUUAUUAAAAUGGAGGAAGCUGGGGAUGAAAUUGUGAGCAACGCUAUUUCCUACGCUUUGUACAAAGCCUUUAGCACCAAUGAACAGGAUAAGGAUAACUGGAACGGGCAGCUGAAGCUUCUGCUGGAAUGGAACCAGCUGGACCUAGCCAAUGAUGAGAUUUUCACCAACGACCGCCGAUGGGAGUCUGCUGACCUUCAAGAAGUCAUGUUUACGGCUCUCAUAAAGGACAGACCCAAGUUCGUCUGCCUCUUUCUGGAGAAUGGCUUGAACCUACGGACGUUUCUCACCAACGACGUCCUCACCGAGCUCUUCUCCAAUCACUUCAGCACCCUUGUGUAUCGGAACCUGCAGAUUGCCAAGAAUUCCUAUAACGACGCCCUCCUCACAUUCGUCUGGAAACUGGUGGCUAACUUCCGAAGAGGCUUCCGGAAGGAAGACAGGAAUAGCAGGGACGAGAUAGACAUAGAAUUUCACGACGUGUCUCCUAUUACUCGGCACCCCCUGCAAGCGCUCUUCAUCUGGGCCAUUCUUCAGAACAAGAAGGAACUCUCCAAAGUCAUUUGGGAACAGACCAGAGGCUGUACUCUGGCGGCCCUGGGAGCCAGCAAGCUUCUGAAGACUCUGGCCAAGGUGAAGAAUGACAUCAAUGCUGCUGGGGAGUCUGAGGAGCUGGCAAAUGAGUACGAGACCCGCGCAGUGGAGCUGUUCACGGAGUGUUACAGCAACGACGAGGACCUGGCCGAACAGCUGCUGGUCUACUCCUGUGAAGCAUGGGGUGGAAGCAACUGUCUGGAGCUGGCGGUGGAGGCAACAGACCAGCAUUUCAUUGCUCAGCCCGGGGUCCAGAAUUUUCUUUCCAAGCAAUGGUAUGGAGAGAUUUCCCGAGACACCAAGAACUGGAAGAUUAUCCUGUGUCUGUUUAUUAUUCCCUUGGUCGCCUGUGGCUUUAUCUCAUUUAGGAAGAAGCCCAUUGACAAGCAUAAGAAGCUUCUGUGGUACUUCGUGGCAUUCUUCACCUCCCCUUUUGUGGUCUUCUCGUGGAACGUGGUCUUCUAUAUUGCCUUCCUUCUGCUCUUUGCCUACGUGCUGCUCAUGGAUUUUCACUCCGUGCCCCACCCCCCCGAGCUGGUCCUCUACGCUCUGGUCUUCGUCCUGUUCUGUGAUGAAGUGAGACAGUGGUACGUUAAUGGGGUGAAUUAUUUUACCGACUUGUGGAACGUUAUGGACACACUUGGUCUUUUUUACUUCAUAGCAGGAAUUGCAUUCCGGCUCCACCCUUCUAAUAAAACCUCUUUGUAUUCCGGACGAGUCAUUUUUUGCCUGGAUUACAUCAUAUUCACUCUAAGGUUGAUCCACAUUUUCACUGUAAGCAGAAACUUGGGACCCAAGAUUAUAAUGUUGCAGAAGAUGCUGGUAGACGUGUUCUUCUUCCUGUUCCUCUUCGCUGUGUGGAUGGUGGCCUUCGGGGUGGCCAGGCAAGGGAUCCUCAGGCAGAACGAGUAUCGCUGGAGGUGGAUAUUCCGCUCGGUCAUCUAUGAGCCCUACCUGGCCAUGUUUGGCCAAGUGCCCAGUGACGUGGAUGGUACCACAUACGACUUUUCCCACUGCACCUUCACCGGGAACGAGUCCAAGCCGCUGUGUGUGGAGCUGGACGAGCACAACGUGCCGCGGUUCCCCGAGUGGAUCACCAUCCCGCUGGUGUGCAUCUACAUGCUCUCCACCAACAUCCUGCUGGUCAACCUGCUGGUCGCCAUGUUUGGCUACACGGUGGGCAUGGUUCAGGAGAACAACGACCAGGUCUGGAAGUUCCAGAGGUACUUCCUGGUCCACGAGUACUGCAGCCGCCUCAACAUCCCCUUCCCUUUCGUCGUCUUCGCUUACUUCUACAGGGUGGUGAAGAAGCUCUUCAAGUGCUGCUGCAAGGAGAAAGACGUGGAGUCUUCCGCCUGCUGUUUCAAAAAUGAAGACAACGAGACUCUGGCAUGGGAGGGUGUCAUGAAAGAAAAUUACCUUGUCAAGAUCAACACAAAAGCCAACGACACGUCAGAGGAAAUGAGGCAUCGAUUUAGGCAGCUGGAUACCAAGCUGAAUGAUCUCAAGGGUCUUCUGAAAGAGAUUGCUAAUAAAAUCAAAUAA